GUGAGGAAUACCGAGGUGACGCAGAUGACAUAAAAUACCAAACGAGAAAGGCUUCCCAAAACGCAGCAGAAAAAGCAGUUUUCUUCACUUGUACAAGUUACGCAUAUUCAAAACAUAAUAUUUGAUGCCUCGUGACUGGCGAUUCUUAUGUGAUUAGAAAACCCUCCCUAAUGCGCGGACCAGGAAACAUCAAACCCUCAAGGCAACGGAUGAUAAAAAUAACUUUAUAAUGAAAAUUGUUUAACCCUGUUUUGUUAACCAUCUCUAACACAUUUUUAGCACUUUUUUUUUUUUUUUCAAAUAUGAGUCAAUCAAAUAAAAAAAUCACCAAGGCCAGGAUAGAAGGCAUAAAGGGCGCCGACCUGGAGGUAUUCAAAAGUUCUUUAAUUCCCUUUAACGCUAUAGUGGAGAAGUACACGGAAAAAGAUGGAACAGCCAUAGUGACAUUCAAGGCGGGCAUAGAAAAGAAGCACCUAGACGGAAUUGGAAAAUACACCGUUAAGCCCAUGGAAUUCGAAGGAGAGUCCGGCGAUCAAAAUUUGAGAAAGCGAAAUAUGAAUUUCAUUUGUGACCGGAUCGUGGUAGAUGAGCAUGAUAUUAUCAAGUUUUUCCUCAACACCACGCUAAUCGCUCCCGUUAUAUUUGUCCUACUGAGUCUCCUAAUAUUCUUUUCAAUUUUUUGAUGGACUCAUGAUUAUACAAGAUGGUGUAAAUCGCCUCUUUUUUUUUUUUUUUUUUACCACCCCAAAACUGAAACGUGAAU